CUCCAUUGCGUUCCAAUUUCAAACUUAAUUUUGAUCUCUGAUACUUUCAACCCAUUUCGUUCUGGCGGGUUUUCUCUGAAUACUGAAAAGUCUUAUCAUUUUUCUUUUAUUCUUGAGGUGAAUAAGUGUUUCGGCCAUGGAGGUCUCGGCUACAAUUGGUAGCUCUCAAGCCAGGCUCGGAAGGCUCGAUUUGUCUUAUAGAGAUGUGGGAUUCUGUAAAGUUAGAGAUAAUUGCAGGUUUUCGACUUGUAUUGGCGCGAAUACGCGGUUGAAGAAGGCUGGGAUGUGGUUCACUUUGAAAGCUCUUCAAUCUGAAGUCGUUCGAGAUGAGAGGCAAUCUGCAUCUGGAAAGCGAUUGUCAUCGGGAAAUGGUGUCAGAUUAUUUGUGGGGCUGCCAUUAGAUGCAGUUUCUUCAGACUGCAAAGCAGUAAACAAUGCUAGAGCAAUUGCAGCUGGCAUGAAAGCAUUGAAGCUACUAGAAGUUGAGGGUGUUGAACUUCCUGUUUGGUGGGGACUUGUUGAGAAAGAUGCCAUGGGAAAAUAUGACUGGUCGGGCUAUCUUGCUGUGGCUGAUAUGGUUCAGAAAAUGGAUCUCAAGCUCCAUGUCUCUCUUUGCUUUCAUGGCUCUAAAAGCCCAUAUAUCCCACUACCCAAGUGGGUGUCCCAGGUUGGUGAAUCCGAGCCCGGUAUUUUCUUCACAGAUCGGUCUCGACAAUACUAUAAAGAAUGCCUUUCAGUGGGGGUUGAUGAUCUUCCCGUUCUUAAUGGGAAAACUCCAGUCCAAGUGUACCGAAGUUUCUGUGAGAGCUUUAAGUCUGCAUUCUCUCAGUUCAUGGGCUCUUCAAUAACGGGGAUUUCAAUGGGAUUAGGACCGGAUGGUGAGCUGCGAUAUCCAUCUCAUCACCAGCUACCCACCAACAAUGGAACUCAUGGAGCUGGAGAAUUCCAGUGCUAUGACAAAAACAUGCUUACCAUUCUCAAGCAACAUGCUGAAGCAUCUGGAAAUCCUUUAUGGGGUCUUGGUGGUCCACAUGAUGCCCCUUCCUACAACCAAUCACCAAACUCCAACAGCUUCUUUAGAGAUGGAGGAUCUUGGGAAUCUCCAUAUGGGGAUUUCUUCCUCACAUGGUAUGCUAAUCAGCUUUUAGCCCAUGGAGAUCGCCUCCUUUCUAUAGCAGCUUCAACUUUCAGUGACACUGCAGUGUCUAUAUAUGGAAAAGUCCCGCUAAUGCAUUCUUGGUACAGAAUGCAAUCCCAUCCUUCUGAGCUAACUGCUGGAUUCUAUAACACCAUUAAAAGAGACGGUUAUAAAGAAGUUGCGAAGAUUUUUGCAAAGAAUUCAUGUAAAAUGAUAGUGCCGGGAAUGGACCUCUCAGAUGCAGUUCUGCCGCAAGAAACCCUCUCAAGUCCUGAGAUGUUACUUUCGCAGAUAAUGGCCGCUUGUAGAAAUAAUGGAGUUGAGGUUUCAGGGGAAAACUCUUCAGGUUCUGGUGCUUUUGGGGGCUUUGAACAGAUUAAGAAGAAUAUUAUAGCCGCAAAUAAUGUGUUGGACCUGUUCAUGUAUCAUAGAAUGGGAGCUUCUUUAUUUUCACCAGAGCAUUUUCCUUCGUUCACAAAGUUUGUUCGGAGCCUUAAGCAGCAGGAAAUGCAUUCAAACGAUGUAGCUGCUGAAUCUCAUGUGAAGAACUCAGAAACAAGCAUGCAGAUAUGAUACUUGUGAUAUGAUGAUAGUUUUGUAUAUAAAUAUUUGUAAUGAAAAUGUAGACUGUAGGUGGUUAUGUAUGUUCCCAUGGUGUGAUCGCAUCAUCAUUGUGGGUUCGCUGUGAGAGACUUGGAGGGACUCCUCUGUAUCAUCAGAUAGAAACACUUCUUGGAAAUACCAGCUGGGUAUGCUUCAUUCUCAAACAUACAUGGUUGAAUUAUUGAAAUGCUAUGGAGAGAAGAGCUAGUUGUUGAUAGAGUGUAAUCAUGGAAGUUCAAUUUUUACUCUGUAAAGCAUGCAAUUGCACUAUCUCAGAAGAGAAAAAUAAAAUAAAUGUUCUUAAA